AUGCUUGUUUCUUCUAAGAUUCUUGGAGGCUCUCGGACUUCAGUAACUCUCAAAACCACAUUGAGAUUCAACAGCUCAUCUACAUCUGCAUUGGCUUAUAAAGCCCUACAUCAUCGCAAGAAGCAACCAAGAUUGCCAACCUUGGACACCCCAAAUUGGUCCGCUCAAGGUGCUGUCUCUUCCAUAUUAUAUGAAACACCUUUACCAUCAAAGUCUCCUAAGAAGCAACAUAUUUUAAAUUGCUUGGUUCAGAAUGAGCCUGGUGUGUUAUCAUUGGUUUCUGGGAUCUUAGCAGCAAGAGGUUUCAACAUUGAUUCUUUAGUUGUGUGUAACACUGACGUCAAAGAUUUGUCAAGGAUGACAAUUAUCUUGAAAGGUCAGGCCAUGGUUAUCGAACAGGCCAUCAAGCAAAUUGAAGACUUGGUACCAGUUUUCGCAGUAUUGGAUUAUUCAAAUGCCGAAAUCAUCAAGCGAGAAUUGUUAUUGACCAGAGUUUCUUUAUUGGGCCCAGAGUACUUCCAAGAUUUCAUAAAACAACACGAAAUUUCAAUAGAAGCUGAAGAAACUUUAUCAGAGCUCGAUAACAAAUACCAUCCAAAGAAUCUCACUCCUUCUGAAAUGUUGAGAAUCAAAAAUCUGUAUUUGACAGCUUUACAAACCUUAACUAAACAAUUUGGCGGUAAAAUUGUUGAUAUAUCCAACAAAAAUUGUAUUAUUGAAUUAACCGGGAAGCCUGAAAGAAUCACCAACUUCUUGAAAUUGAUCAAGCCAUUUGGUAUUCUAGAAGUCGCAAGAUCAGGUAUGAUGGCCUUACCAAGAACUCCUUUAAGCGAAGGGGAAAUGGAAGAAGAAGACACUGCAGUUGAUAUUGGUGUUGAUCUCAGUGAUUUGCCACCUGGUUAG